GUCCAGGUCAAGAUGCGCCAACGCCUGCCCGUAAUUGUUAUUUUCUCAUCCGGUCUUCAUGCCCCCAACAAAAUCGACAUUUUGGCCGUCUGUGCUUCCCCAAACCACCUGCAUCCCCGCCUCAAUCACUCACUGCCUCUGCACCGCCGACUAGUCCCGUAGCCCACAGUACAAGAAGCGUUCCCGGUACUUUGAAACUGGGGUGAACCCAGGCACUGUCGCCAUGAGCGUCUUCCAGCUCUCCCCGCGCAGCAUGGAAAGCCCCAUCGCAUUGAGGUGGUACCCUGGCGGAGAUGUCUGCUCCUCUGCCGGGAGACGAUGCUCCGAACGCCUACAGCCAGUACACGAAUGUUCGCCACGUUCUGAUAGAGUACAUACAUGAGCAGAUGGCUUUAAAGGUUUGGCCGUCGGAUGAGACACUGCGGCGACAAGCGAGGCAGAUUGCUUCUGAUGGGAAUGACCCAUUUGAUCAGACCUAUGCCGAUUACAGUCCUGCCUGAUUGAAGGGCGUUAAGGCGGAAGCUGGGGGGAAUUGGUUGGUGUCUGGACAAGGGACAGGUACGAAAGACAGGUGAUUACAACGGCAAUGAAUUGUUCUUGGAAUUCGCCAGCUGGAUAUGACUGUAUUUGAAGGUUCAUCUCAACUGUUUAUUAACAAGGUUGGCGUUUACCCCAUUGUGGUAAGAUAAUCGUCUUUUCUUGAUAACAAUGUGACAAGAGUAGCUUGAACCUUCAUAUUGUCAGACUCAUCAGCAGACUGAUACUCCAGCAAAACAGUCAGUUUCGGAGCCAUCAGCCUCAGCCUAUUCAGCCUGAGCCGAAGCCCAGCCAGGAUGAAGAGUCU